AGCCAAGGUUAAGUUUGCUGAUGAGGUCCUAGACUUUGUUGUGUACUAUUGUAUCAUAGGUGUUGUUGUUCUUUUCGUUGGAUUCUUCCAAACUGCCAUGUGGAGUGUGUCAGCUGAGAACCAGAUACAUAGACUGAGGCGGAUACUGUUCAGGUCUGUGCUCCGCAAAGACCUCAGCUGGUAUGAUACCCAUAAGAGUGGAGAACUCAACACACGUCUCACUGAAGAUAUCGAGAAUAUUCGUAAUGGCAUUGGUGACAAGUUAGCUGUUGUUAUCCAGUGGACAACCACGUUCUUUGGUGGCCUAGGCUUGGGAUUCGCCAAGAGUUGGAAGCUAACAUUAGUCAUAAUGGCUGUUGCUCCUCUUAUUGCAAUUUCAGCAGCCCUUGCAUCCAAGGCUGUUCAAAAGCUGACCAGUCUAGAACUGAAUGCCUACGCCAAAGCGGGAGCUAUAGCUGAGGAGGUGUUGUCUUCAAUGAGAACAGUUGCAGCAUUCGGAGGGGAAGAUAAAGAAGUACACAGGUAUACUUCAAACCUGGAUGACGCGCGUAAGCUAGGGAUAAAACGUAACACUGUACAAGCAGCCAGUCUUGGUAUUCUAUUUUUCUUCAUAUUCUUGUCAUAUGCACUAGCUUUCUGGUAUGGAACAAAAUUGUUUAUUGAAGAUGGUUUGGGUGCUGGUGAAAUUCUUAUUACAUUCUUUGGUGUACUGUUUGGUGCCUUUUCAUUAGGCAGUGCUGCUCCCAAUAUUGCUGACUUCACUACUGCCCGUGGGGCUGCUGCUACAGUCUUUGACAUCAUUGAUGAGCAAACAGAGAUUGAUAGCGGCUCUGAGGAGGGGAAGACACCAUCAGAAGUGACAGGAGUAAUUACCUUUGAAGAUGUCCAUUUCUCAUAUCCAUCAAGGCCAGAUAUUAAGAUUUUGAAUGGUCUCAAUUUAGAGGUAAAUGUCGGGAAAACAGUAGCUCUUGUAGGCCCUAGUGGGUGCGGUAAGAGCACGGCGGUGCAGUUAGUGCAGCGAUUUUACGACCCCAGUCAAGGAGCAGUAAAGUUAGAUGGCACUGACAUUAGGGAAUUCAACAUUAAAUGGUUGCGUGAGAAAAUCGGAGUUGUUAGUCAAGAGCCUGUGCUGUUUGCUACUUCAAUUGCAGAAAAUAUUCGAUAUGGUCGUUUAGAUGUUACUGCAGAAGAAAUUGAAACUGCUGCGAUGGAGGCUAAUGCACAUGAAUUUAUAGCCUCUCUACCAGAUGGUUACAAUACAUUAGUUGGAGACAGAGGCGCUCAGUUGUCAGGUGGUCAAAAACAGCGAAUAGCGAUAGCCCGUGCCUUAGUCCGCAACCCCAAGAUUCUCCUGCUUGAUGAAGCUACAUCAGCCCUGGACACCGAGAGUGAAGGCAUCGUACAGGCAGCACUUGAGAAGGUGCAAUCUGGCAGGACUACCAUAGUGAUAGCCCAUCGCCUUUCCACCAUACAGAAUGCGGAUCUCAUAUGCUCGUUGAAAGAUGGCAAGGUUGCUGAGAAGGGCUCUCAUGAGGAAUUAAUGGCCAUUGACUCAGGCAUAUAUAGCUCAUUGGUUGCUUUAUUGUUGAGAAAAAAUGAAAAAACAACCGAGGAAGAUGAAGUAUUGGAAGAAGACAGCAUUGCAGAUGAAUCGGAAGAAGAGAUAGAACUGAAUUCUAAAGAUGAAGAACUUACACCAAUUUUGACAAGGAAAAUGUCGCGGAAUGCAGGGAAUGAUUCGUUUGCCGGACGUAUAAAGCGUAUGGUUUCCACCGUGUCCGACACUAGUGAGCAUUUAUCAGAAGAGAAAAUUGAGGAGACAGAAGUACUUGAGAAAUUCAGCAUUGGUAGAAUAAUGAAACUGAACUCCCCUGAAUAUCAUUGGAUCUUCAUUGGAUGUAUUGCAGCUGCUAUCAACGGGGCUUCCCAACCAGCUUUUGCUGUCGUCUUUAGUCGCAUUUUGGAGGCAUUUUCAUUCCCAGAGGAUGAGUUGAAAAGAAGAUCAAAUCUUUACUGUGGAUUUUUUGCUUUGAUUGGUGUUAUUAUGUUCGCAGCAAAUUUGGUACAGGGGGCUACUUUUGGCAAGUCUGGGGAGGAGCUUACAAAAAGGGUGCGUUCUAUGUCGUUCAAGGCCAUGCUUAGACAGGAGAUAUCAUGGUUUGAUGACCACAAGAACAGCACCGGCUCACUAACAACAAGACUUGCCAAACAAGCUUCUGACAUUCAGGGGGCUACUGGAGCCAGACUUGGAACCCUGAUUCAGUCAUUUUGUAACAUCGGCACUGCUAUCAUCAUUGCCUUCAUAUACGGCUGGCAGCUUACUCUUCUAGUGUUGGCUUUCCUGCCACUCAUUGCCGUCGCUGGCGCUAUUCAGUGGAAAGUCAUCCAAGGAAGUGUUGUGUCCAACAAAGCUGCAUAUGAGGGUGCUGGCAGGGUGUCCAGCGAGGCUAUUGACAACAUAAGAACAGUUGCAUCCUUAGCGCGUGAGGACACAUUCUAUGAAAAAUAUGAGGAUUACCUAGAAGAACCCUACAGAGCAAGCGUACAGAAAGGUCUUAUGGGUGGCUUUGCCUUUGGAUUCAGUCAGUGCAUUAUAUUCUUUGCAUAUGCAGCAACUUUCCGUCUGGGAUCCGAUCUGGUAAUUAGAGACAAAAUGGAAUUUGAAAAUGUAUUUUUAGUGUUCUCUGCCAUUGUUUUUGGAGGUUUUGCUCUAGGUCGCACAUCUUCACUAGCCCCAGAUUACUCCAAGGCUAAGGCUGCCACAGCGCAAAUGUUCAAACUCAUUGACAAGGUCCCCUACAUCGACUCAUACAGCACUUCUGGGCAAAUAUUGGAAAACUUUAAGCCAGAGAUUCAUUUCCGCAACGUCAAGUUCAGAUAUCCUUCAAGGCCUGACGUUAAAGUGCUUAACAACUUAUCGGUUGAUGUCAGUGAAGGAGAGAUGCUGGCGUUAGUUGGAAGCAGUGGUUGCGGUAAGAGCACUACGAUUCAGUUGAUGGAGCGCUUCUAUGACACUGAGGCGGGGGAAGUGGUUUUUGAUAACUUUGAAAUCAAGGCGUUAAAUGUGAAGUGGCUCCGGUCACAAAUCGGACUUGUGUCGCAGGAGCCUGUCCUCUUUGAUCUAAGCAUUGCCGAGAAUAUAGCAUACGGCGACAAUAGUCGACAAGUCAGUAUGGAAGAAAUUAUAGAAGCAGCUAAGGAUGCCAAUAUUCACGACUUUAUAACGUCACUUCCAGAGGGCUAUGAAACUAGAGUUGGAGAUAAAGGAACUCAGUUGUCAGGUGGUCAGAAACAGCGAGUAGCCAUUGCUCGAGCUCUGGUCCGCAAUCCCAAGAUACUUCUCCUUGAUGAAGCCACCUCGGCUCUCGACUCGGAAAGUGAAAAGGUUGUACAAGAUGCCUUGGACAAAGCAAAGGAAGGAAGAACAUGCAUCGCCAUUGCUCAUAGAUUAUCCACGAUACAAAACGCAGAGAAAAUUGCCGUCAUUAAAGCCGGUAGUGUGUCUGAAUUGGGCACACAUCAAGAACUACUCGCAGAGAAUAACUUUUACCAUUUUCUGUAUACAGCUCAAGACAUGCAGCAUUGAGCAAGUACUCCAGGAGUAACUUUUUAUAAAUUGUAAUGGUACACCUUUGUGUAAUGCAACUGAUUUACUGUGUAUUCAAAUAUGUGGCAUACUUCUUGUAUAUGGCAUAUAUGGUAUAUAAUUACAAUAUAUAAUAAUAAUGUUACACUUUUGUAGUGCACAAUGCACAAAAUUAUAUUGAAUAUUCAUUAUAGUUUUUGUGUGGUUGCAAACAAUUUCUAACUUAUACACAAAUUCAAACUGAGAGACAUAAAUGUAGUAUCACAAUGUUUAAAUUUGAUUACAGAUUACCAGCAUUAGUACUGCCUCAAAUUGAAAUAACCAUGUGACUAUGCAGAAAUGCAAAUUUACAUUCAAAAACAUUAUAAUUGUGCAAGGCAUAUAAAUAGUAUGUCUCAAGUUGGUGUUUUGUAAACAUUAAUUUUUGCUUUUUUUAAAUUUUUUUUUUUACCUAAUUUAAUAACUAAUAGAGUGUUCUUAGAAUAGUAUACAUUACUGGCUAAUAAAUACCAGCAUUAGUACUGCCUCAAAUUGAAUUAACCAUGUGACUAUGCAGAAAUGCAUAUUUACAUCCAAAAACAUUAUAAUUGUGCAAGGCAUAUAAAUAGUAUGUCUCAAGUUGGUGUUUUGUAAACAUUAAUUUUUGCUUUUUUUUAAUUUUUUUUUUUACCUAAUUUAAUAACUAAUAGAGUGUUCUUAGAAUAGUAUACAUUACUGGCUAAUAAAUACCAGCAUUAGUACUGCCUCAAAUUGAAUUAACCAUGUGACUAUGCAGAAAUGCAUAUUUACAUCCAAAAACAUUAUAAUUGUGCAAGGCAUAUAAAUAGUAUGUCUCAAGUUGGUGUUUUGUAAACAUUUUUGCCUUUUUUUUUUUUGCCUAAUUUAAUAACUAAUAGAGUGUUCUUAGAAUAGUAUACAUUACUGGCUAAUAAUACUUAUACUACAUUAGCCAAUAAAUACAUAUCGUAUAUGCACUCGUAUAAGACGAAUGCGAGCAAAUUACGAUCAAAUUGAUGAACAUUUCAAACCUCAUAAAAUGGUAUUAUUUAGAAGAUUAACCCUGCAUUUGGCCCCGUUUUUAGCCAGCUAGAUGCAGUAUCAAGACCUAAAAAAGCAGCUAGAAGUAUGAAUUCUGACGGUGAAAUGAGGGUUGCCUUAUAAUAGUUUUAAAAUCUUAUACGCGAGUAUAUAUGGUAUUUUUGCAUAGGCCAUAAAAUUGGCUGGUUGUGAAUAUAGGGGGUUUUAAAAGUAAAAACAUUGACCAGAUGUUAACUUAUUUAUUCUUUUACCUAAGUAAUUCAGUGUUUAAUAUUUUUCCAAAUAUCUUUUAAAAGUUUUAUCAAAUAUAUUAGAAGUGUAAGUAACCAAAGGCAUAAUAAAUUUGUAUCAGAUUUUAUACAAUGUAUUGAGCUGGACUGGAAGAAUGUCUAUUUUCUCAGGGACUGGAUGAGUCAUGUUUUGAUAGUGAACUCCCACCGUAUUUUGUUUCUGCACACAAUGUGUCAGCAAAAAAUCUGUCUUCGCUCUUUCUGAGCGCUUGACGAUUUGGCAUUAUCUGCUGAUUGUUUGGCGGAACAAUCGUCAUUAAACAUGGUCUGGUACGUACUCCAAGGAAACGUUUCAACCCAGCUUUUGAGCGUCUGCAAAAGAGUUGCUGUGCCUCAGUGCUGGGCCAGCUUGUAUAUUUAAUUUCUGCUGCUGGUUCUAGGUCUGGUAUUUUAACAUAUAUAUAUUUAUAUACAUAUAUGGUAUUUAUAUACAGUAAUUUAAAGAUAGAUUAUAUUGUUAUACAAUGGUAGUUUGUGGAUGUGUGUGUGUAUGUAUGUAUGUGAAAUAAUGAUCCUAACAAAAAUUCUAUUAUUGUAAAUUGUAUUUCAAUGUUAUUGCAUACAUGAGCGUAUCCAGGAUGUUUCUGCUUGGACUUAUAGUCCAGAAUGGAGUUUGGGAGUGUUGUUCACAUAAUUGUUAGGACCCACAGGACUACAUUUCCUGGAAGGUCCAUUCUUGUAGCCUUUAAUGUGCAGUACAGUGUAGACAGUACAUUCCAUUUCCAUGCUAAAACACUAAUUUACAAAAUGAUAUUUAAAAAGUAGUGUCAUUUGGGAUUUUUUUGUUUGUUAUAGAGAUUAUUCUAGGCUUCCUGGCCAAUCAUCACCCACCUCAUGCAUUCUGGUUAGUACAAAAUUGUUCAUUAUGUAUCAAAUUUAUUAACCAAAAUAUGAAAAAUGUAUCAAUUAUUUAAAGUUCCUCCUUGGUAAAAGAAAUAUGUUUGUUUCCAAGAAAUAUUUAGCCAGUCCUAAAUUUUCGGCCAGUCAAUCUUGAGGAACACUUUUUUUGCCAUAAUUACUGUUAUAACAUCUAAAGAAACAAAUUAAAUAGACUACACAUUAAAUUAGUUAUAGUUUAAUUUAGGUAGUUCGAUGGUCUGCAUAAUUAUACUGUAAGUAUAUUGGAGCUAAGUAAACACAAAAGUUGAAUACGGGAGUUAUGUAGCGCCCUCAAUUGUUGGCGGACAGAUUUUGUGGCAACUAACUAUGGACCAACGAGAUUAUAGGAAACUUCAAAUAAGAUGUUAUAGAACUGAACAUACCAAUCGUUACACACACACUGCUAAAAACAAAACAAUGAAUAAAUAUCAAAUAUAAUUUGUAUAUCAAUCAUCAAGAUAUGGUAGUGGUUUUGUAAUUUAUGCUUCGUUUGAUAAUAAUAUUAAAGAUAAUUUUAUGGAAGUCAAAAAUGAGUUUAUGAUUUUUACAUUGCAAGAAAAAAAAAACAGGUACAAAUAUAAUAGUCUAAGCUAUCGCAUUAUUGUUUUAGAGGUUUUAUAUAAUAUUAUGUUGCUUUUGAUGGUAUGUGUACAUACUAAUGUAAUUAAAUAAUAUAAAGUGUAUUUGUAUUAUUUAUUGUUAGUUGUUGGAGGAAAAACAAAUUUAACAGAUUGCAGAAGUGUAGAUUAUAUAUUUGAUAUUUUGUUACCUAUAGGGUUUUGUAUGCUCUGUUGUUUUUGUUAAUAAAUAUAUUAGGAGAUACAA